UCUAAAAAAUUUGUCUCUCCUCUCACCACUUCCUCCCUGUUUCUUCUUCACUGGGCCACUGCACGUUACUGUACAAGUGGAGGUAGGCAAGAGAGAGAAACACUGCUGAUAGGAUUUGCAUUGACCGGCCUACGGGCACCAUCACUGAAUGAACGGUAGGAUUCGCAUAGCAUUUCAUCACGUUUCUGAUUUCCACCUCUAUAAAAGAAAAUCGCCCAAAACCCCAAAACCGCCAAUUUUUUCGAUCCUUGGAGCUUAACUAACACUGCGCAGGAUUAUUACUCGGCUGCAUCUGUUUUUCUUACAUGGAAAUCUCUAUAGAACAAUACCAGCCACAGAAACAGGAAGGAAUCAAAGGCUUCGACGACGAUGGCCGCAUCAACAGAACCGGAACUGUGUGGACUGCAAGUGCACAUAUCAUCACUGCUGUGAUCGGUUCCGGCGUUCUAUCGUUGGCUUGGGCUAUCGCACAGCUCGGAUGGAUCGCCGGUCCGAUUGUCAUGAUUAUCUUCUCCCUCGUCAUCUUCUACACCUCUUCUCUCCUCGCCGACUGUUACAGAACCGGCGAUCCCACCACCGGCAAGCGCAAUUACACUUACAGUGAAGCCGUUCAUUCCUAUCUCGGUGGAAUGAAAGUGAAACUCUGCGGAUUCAUACAAUACCUUAAUCUCUUUGGAGUAGCCAUUGGAUACACCAUUGCUUCCUCCAUCAGCAUGACGGCUAUUCGGAGAUCAAAUUGCUUCCAUGACAAAGGACACAAGAGCCCAUGUCAUAUUUCAAGCAAUCCAUACAUGAUCAUCUUCGGUGCUGUACAGAUCAUCUUUUCUCAAAUUCCCGACUUUGAUCAGAUUUGGUGGCUCUCAAUCGUAGCUGCAGUUAUGUCAUUCACUUACUCUUCCAUCGGUCUUGCCCUCGGCAUUGCUCAAGUUAUUGAAAACGGUAGAUUCAAAGGCAGUCUUACUGGAAUCAGGAUCGGCUCGGUGAGCCAAACUCAGAAGAUUUGGCACAGCCUCCAAGCUCUCGGAGACAUCGCUUUCGCAUAUUCUUACUCCAUCAUCCUUAUCGAAAUUCAAGACACAGUGAAAGCCCCGCCGCCAUCUGAAGCCAAAGUAAUGAAGAAAGCGACAUUAUUCAGUGUGGCUGUAACCACCUUCUUCUACAUGCUUUGUGGCUGCAUGGGCUACGCUGCCUUUGGAGACUCCGCACCUGGCAACCUUCUCACCGGCUUCGGUUUCUACAACCCCUUCUGGUUGCUCGACAUAGCAAACGCAGCCAUUGUUAUUCACCUCAUCGGAGCUUACCAAGUCUUCUGCCAGCCUCUGUUUGCGUUCGUCGAGAAAUGGGCCAAUCGGGCAUGGCCGGACUCCAAAUUUAUCUCCAAGGAGAUCAGAAUCCCGUUGAGUUCCACCAAAUCAUAUAAGCUAAACCUUUUUCGGCUGGUAUGGCGUUCGGCUUUUGUCGUGCUGACUACAGUGAUCUCCAUGCUUCUUCCUUUCUUCAACGACGUUGUUGGUUUGCUGGGCGCAAUUGGAUUUUGGCCGCUUACCGUUUACUUUCCGGUAGAGAUGUAUAUAGUUCAGAAGCAGGUGCGUCAAUGGAGCUUGAGAUGGGUCUGUUUAAAAAUGCUGAGCUUUGCUUGUCUUGUCAUUUCGCUCGCCGCCGCUGUUGGAUCCGUCGCCGGCAUAGUUUCCGAUCUUAAAGUUUAUAAGCCAUUCAAAUCGGGAUCUUGAAAAGGGAUAAGACGCCGCCAAGGUUUCGUGGACAGGAGAGUUCACUGUUCCGCUCAAGUUUUUUUUUUUAAAAAAUCUCUUCUUGGCCAUUAUAGAAAGCUUGUUUAGCUGGAGAAUUUUGGAAGAAUCCGUAAUAAAGACGGGAGCUUUUGAAUGAUGAUAGGGUAAAGUUAGAAUUUUUAUAAAUGAGGUCGGCCGCGAAGCCUGACCGUAUUAGGUCAACAGAUGUAGCGGAUUUUGUUAAAAAAUAAUGGAUAGAGCAUGGCUCAAUUAAAUGCUUUGGAUUU